UGUUCUCGCGAGUUUUACUUGAACGUACGGGCGGGAGUUUGUAUGUGAAGGGGCAUUCACAGGCAUAUCAUUCGUCUAUUUACGUGGGCUAGCUGCAACCAUACGGUACAGAAACGGAAAUUUGACAUCUGUUACGUUACUCAAACAGUAACACAACUUGAAAUGGAUUCCUUGGAGGAUGUCUCCGCGCGUUUAAUUCUGAGAAAUGUCCUACAAACAGAGGAAGCUAAGACUCCAGUGAACCAAAGAUUGACAAGGUCUCAAGCCCAGUCCGCCAAGACAAAUCGAAUGUCAACAAGGAAAAUGGGGCGCGCAUCUGGAGGUGGGACCCCUCUGGUUGCACUACGACACAAACUUAAGCAACAGCUACGUGAGGGUGCAUCGAGUUCCUCAGCCCGUCGCAGCAAGCUGAAGGAGGCAUCACCUAAAAAGCCUCCGCUGCCACUUCUAGAUGAUCCGGGUGCUACACCUCGUGUUUUAUUGAGAGGCAUCAUGCAAACACAAGCCGAAAAACCCAUGGUGUCAAACCAGCCAAGUGCAAAGAAGUUGAAGACAUCACACGGCCCCGCCACAGAAGAAGUGAAGCUCCCCCCCACAGAGACCAGUCUUUAUGAUGACACUCAGAGAGAUCCAGAGGCCCAAUCUGAGCUGGACUUGUCAAACGUUACUUUGGAGGUGAUGCAGCCUGUCACAAAGGGAUUGAGCCGCAAAAGAGACCCGCCCCCAAUGAGUGUGUCCUGUUUUGAGAGACAGCUUGAGCAUCUGACGGAAGAAGCAGAAGCAGAAGCAGAGCCUGAUGUAUUGCAGGAUUCCUCUGCCUCAAACAGUUCGCUCAGUCUUACUCUAAAGACACCGGCCAUUCUUGCGAGCUCUAAGAGAAGCCAAUUCCAGCGAAAACCAACCAAUCUGAAACUGGUCACUGAGGAGGUGUUUGAUGAAGCUCUACAAGUCCGUUUGCAAAAAUAUUCAGAGCCAUCUGAGUCACUAGCAAGCAGAAUGGAAGGAGAUUCCUCCUGGCAAGGAUUCACUCUUGGCUUGUCUGAUGUCACUGUUCCCGACCUCACCACUGAUAUAAUAAUGAGCAACACUGCGCUCUACCCCCGACCAGAAACAGCCGACAAUGUGAAAGAGUUGCAGGCAAAUCCCUCUCAGAAAGAGGAGUUUAAAGAUCUAAACCAACGGACUGGAAUCAGAGAAGUGAGCAGUACACAUCCUGAAGAGAUGGUUCCUGAGACCCAGGAAGAGGAGUUUAAAGAUCUAAACCAACGGACUGGAAUCAGAGAAGUGAGCAGUACACAUCCUGAAGAGAUGGUUCCUGAGACCCAGGAAGAGGAGUUUAAAGAUCUAAACCAACGGACUGGAAUCAGAGAAGUGAGCAGUACACAUCCUGAAGAGAUGGUUCCUGAGACCCAGGAGGAGGAUGAGUUUGUGUCUAGGACAGCAUCUCAGACUGCAGAUAUGGAUUACAUAGAACCUGUGAAGGGAGAGUCCGAAGAAAUAACUGCGCCUGGAUCUGCAGAAGAAAUAGCUGCGCCUGGAUCUGCAGAAGAAAUAAUUGAGCCUGGAUCUGCAGAAGAAAUAAUUGAGCCUGGAUCUGCAGAGGAAAUAACUGCGCCUGGAUCUGCAGAAGAAAUAAUAGAGGAUGGAUCUGCAGAGGAAAUAAUUGAGCCUGGAUCUGCAGAAGACAUAAUUGAGGAUGGAUCUGCAGAAGAAAUAAUUGAGCCUGGAUCUGCAGAAGAACAAUUAAGUGAGGAUGGAUCUGCAGAAGAAAUAAUUGAGCCUGGAUCUGCAGAAGAACAAUUAAGUGAGGAUGGAUCUGCGGAAGAACAAAUGACUGAGGAUGGAUCUGCAGAAGAAAUAAUUGAGGAUGGAUCUGCAGAAGAAAUAAUUGAGCCUGGAUCUGCAGAAGAACAAUUAAGUGAGGAUGGAUCUGCAGAAGAACAAAUGACUGGGGUUUUUCCUCAAGACGAGGAGAUGGAAACCUCCCAGCCCCUAGAGCAGGUCGUUGGCUGUAGUGCUCACCCAUCUGAACAUGGAGUCAGGCCUGCAGUGUCUGCACAGACACAGGAAUGCCACCGCAUGUUUGAGCCCGGAACAGAAGAAGAUAAUGCUGAAUUGGAAUCGGAAACUGGAAGUCAAUCUGAUCAUGCAUUGGCUCCUGACUCUGAUCAUCCAUUGGCUCCUGACUCUGAUCAUCCAUUGGCUCCUGACUCUGAUCAUCCAUUGGCUCCUGACUCUGCCCUGCCUUACAUGCCGUCGCCGAGGUAUGAUGAGGAGGAAGAGGAGGAUGACGAGGAGGAAGAAGACUUUCAAGAGUUGGGUCAACAAACCCCUGCUUUUGUGAAACAGAGGAAGGAGGAGCAGACGAUUCUCCGGUCCGCCUCCCCAGUUUUGAGCACAGAUCCCAGACCGGUUGCUGGUAAAUCCAAGCCUCGCCAAGGAAGAAGACGUGCUGCUGAUCCCACCCUUCCUAAGAGUUAUGUUCAGAACAUGUUCAAACACUUUGCCAAGACGCAAGUCUCCAAGGAUGUCUAUCCUGUGGUCAAUGAGAUCCUGCAGAAGUAUUUUAAGCGCGUGACUGAGGACUUGGAGGCGUUUGCAAGCCAUGCUAAAAGGAGAACCAUUGAGAAGGAGGAUGUGGAGCUGCUGAUGAGGAGGCAGGGAUUCCUGACGGACCGUUCCCCGGUGAAUGUUCUAAUCGAGAAGUUCCUCCCUAUGGAGUAUCGGAAACUUCUCAUUCCUAUAGCAACCAGUGGCAACAAAGUUAUUCCCAAACAAUAGUGCUAAGGAUUCCUGUUCACUUUGCCCUGUCUUUGUCUUUUUUCUGCACCUUUUACUUCGUUUUGCCCUUUGAAUUUCUUUGUUUGUUAUACAUUUGUAAUAUAUAUUUGUAACAUUUGUACGAGCCUAAUAGGAAAUAUGAUGUAUUGACACCCCUUACCAACACUGUACCACACAAGGAAAAUAAACAAAUAAAAAUAAAGAUAU